AUGGCUGGAGGACAAGAAAAAUGGUAUUUUACAAAAGAGCAACUAGUGAAUUCUCCAAGCAAGAAAUGCGGUUUAGAUGCAGAUAAGGAGCUAGCAUAUAGGCAGCAGGCCGCAAAUCUUAUCCAGGAUAUGGGCCAGCGGCUUCAAGUGUCACAGCUAUGUAUCAACACUGCGAUAGUGUACAUGCACAGGUUCUACGCGUUCCACUCGUUCACACAGUUUCACAGGAACGCCAUAGCCGCGGCCGCGCUCUUCCUUGCCGCGAAGGUGGAGGAGCAGCCCAGAAAAUUAGAAUAUGUUAUAAAAGUAGCACACGUCUGCCUCCACAGAGGUGAGAGUGUGAAUGCCCUACAGCCCGAACAGUAUACUGAACAGGCGCAGGACCUGGUAUUCAACGAGAAUGUACUACUACAAACUUUAGGUUUCGAUGUAGCGAUCGACCACCCUCACACGCACGUUGUACGCACCUGUCACCUUGUCAAAGCACCCAAAGACCUGGCGCAGACCUCAUAUUUUAUGGCAUCGAACAGUCUACACUUGACUACGAUGUGCCUGCAGUACCGGCCUACGGUGGUCGCGUGCUUUUGUAUACAUUUGGCUUCCAAAUGGAGCAACUGGGCGAUACCACAAUCACACGAGGGCCGCCACUGGUUCUCGUACGUGGACCGCAGCGUGACCAGCGACCUGCUGGAGAAGCUCACCGCAGAGUUCCUGCAGAUAUUCGAGAAAUGCCCGUCCAGGCUUAAGAGGAAGAUGAUGUCUAUGUCCAAUACGCCAGGUGGGUCGCCACACUCUGGCACGCCGCACCCGGGGUCAUCGAACUCCAUGGACAAGAAACACCCCAUGCCGCCAAACUCUGAUGAGUUCGACAAGUCCUUUGAUAAGGAAUAUGAACGCGAACGACGUCGCCAGCCCGUCCCUGGCGGGUAUGUCCCCGCAACAGCAGCACAACCCACCGCUCAACAGCCCCAGAAGAUUGACUACAAUCUGUAUAGGGAGAAGAGGGAGAGGGAAGAACGGGAGCGGAGGGAAGAAAGAGAGAGACAGAGACAGAUGCAGCAGCCGAGGCCCGGCCAACCGCCGCCCCGCCCCGGACAACCAAACCAACCCCCUCCCCCUCACCCCCGGCCGCCCUCGCACCACCAUAAGCCUCACCAGCCCUGGCCCCACCAUGCCAAGCCCCCCCACCACAAACCCCAUGACCACAAGCCCAACGAACACCGGCACAGACCCGUCCCAGGUCCCUCCUCAACAAUACAACCCCAACAACAAACUCAACCCCCAAGCCAACCCCCGGAAAUACAAAGAACUCGACCCCCAUCCUUGUUCUCACCGGAAAACGCUACGACACCCCUCGCGGCCGCCACAGCCCCGAGGCGGCCCAAUCCCAAUCCCCCACCCGUCCGGCCCAAAGAACAACUGCGACCCCCCAACCCACAAAUGCCCCCCCAAAACCCCCCACCGGAAAGACCCCCGAGCCCGAGAAAACGACCCGAUCCGUCGCUCGCUAUCCGAGAAAUGCAACCCCCUGCAAUCUUAUCCCCCUUCUCAUCCCCCCCCGCUAAGGAAGUCCAAAUCAAACAAGAGAUUCAAACACAAAAACCUAGGCCGAGAAUACCGUCCAAUUCUGAACCGGAAUUGAUUCCCGUCGUUAAGAAAAUCGAGGAAACUCCAGGCUACGAAAAUGUACUGAGAGAUUCGCAAAGAGGCUCCGCGAUCAGAACGAAAGAAUACAAACAGCCUGAACGAAUAAAAACUGAAAUUAAGACGGAAACAAAGACGGAACCUCGGUCGUUGAAUGGUAUCGAAACGGAUCCCACUCUUGUGUCCAAUCUAUUGAAGGAAAGCUUAGCGAAACCCGCGCCUAUCACAGUCGCGACGGAAAAGAAAUCUCCGCAAAUAGAAAUCAAAAAGGAACCGGAACCCCCCCCACUACAGCCCGCAGAACCACCCCCCCAACCGACAGAGGCCAGCGAACACAAACACAAGAAAGAGAAGAAGAAAAAGGACAAACACAAACACAAAGAUCGCGACAAGUCGAAAGAGGAGCGUAAGAAACAUAAAAAAGAUAAAAAGAAAGAAUCGCCGCCGCCUGCGGUUCCGCAAGAGACAAUAGACGGGCCUUUGAAGAUAACUAUUCCCAGGGAUAAAUUAGGAUCGUCACCUGGACUGAAGAUAAAAAUACCUAAAGAUAGGUUGGCGGCGCCGCCGCCGCCGCCGCAAACGGGACUUAAAAUCAAGAUAUCCAAAGAAGUUUUGGAGACAUCGAGGAAAAGGAGCCAGCCUGCGCCGGCGCCGGCGCCCCCGCCCAAGAUGGCGAGGCACAACGGAGCGCCCCCUAAGGUCGAGCCUACGGGGAACGGGCAUGCGUGCAAGUGACGUCACUGCCACGCCCACAGCGCCUCGUGUGUCGACGUUCCUGACAACUUUCGGACCUCACUAGCGUAGUGUAUCGGUUUUUUUUUCCUUUUUUUUUCUCCUGUUGAUCGUCUCUCGUGCGCACAUCGAUGAAAGUAAACGUGUGGAGUGAUAUUUUCUCUUGAAGUGGUUACAAAAGUAAAUUUAAAAAAAUCGGUCGGAUUUUGAGUAUUUUACGACAAGUGUUCAACUAUCUUGCUGUCUCUUUCUAGCCUAGCGAAGCGAGAUAAAGACGGCAAGGGGAUAGAGGAUAUUUAUUUCGUAAAAUGACUCAAGUUUUUGGCCGUUUUUAUCGUUUUGUAAAUUUUCAAGAUGGAAUAACUACUUCAAGUUGGAAUACUCUUUUUUUUAUUAUUAUUUAUAUAUGGUUUGUAACUAACGCUGGCAAUUUUUAACCGUAAACGUUACAUGCAUGGAACUAAUUACGUUCUUGCAAAAACAGCAAGGCCAUAAAAAAAAAUGUAACAAAAAUAUAAAAAAUUGUCUGGAGUUAGUUCCCCAUGUGACUUAAAUAUAGCAAUAUGUAUAAUAUUGAGUCGAUGUGUGGUGCGACUUGUAUAGCGAACGGAAGAUUUUGGCUCUGUUUGGAUGUGAUUAGAUUAAGAUAAUAAAAAAAAACUGUAAAUAUUAUUAUUCGUUAAAAAUACGAUAAAUCACGAUUAUUCGCUUGCACAUUAGUGGAGUAUACUAAAUUUAGAUUGACGCGUGGGAAGCGGACAUUGACCUUUAUAUUUCUGUCUCUUUCGAUUAUCUUAAAGUUAAGAUCAGUUCACUCACUUAAGAUAAAUACCCGAUAGAUUAAACCAAUGACAGUAAAUUGCAUAUAUAUUUCUAUUAUAGGUUUUUUGUUGUUUUCAGUACACUAAUUGUUAACAAAAUAGUAAUUUUCAAGCGUAUAAAGGUCAAAAUACUCUUUUUAUAUUAUCAGUUGAUCUUAAUAUUCUAAAAUACGAAAUUUUGUGCAAUAAAUAUUAUAUAAUCACUUCUAAAAAACUUUGCCUGUAUAAAUUCUUGAUUAGAAAUACGAAAGUUAGCAUAGGAUUCCUUCGAUAUUAUACAUACUUCUAUAACAGAGGAACCACAGGCAAGGGCCUUAAACGAAUAACUCAUUAUAUAGGCAACCUAAUAACAGCGUUACUGGUAUCAAACGCAAAACCUCCUAAAGAUUACUUGGGUACAUCAAAACAAGCAACUUUUAUUCUACGACUUUUCGUGAUUCGUAGUUUUUUUUUUUUUUCAUAUAAAAAAAAUGCAAUCUAAUUUGCGAUUCUACACAUCUUUAAUCUAUGUAAUAGCCAAGCAACACGAGACAUUACAUUAUCGUAAUGUAGCGGAAUCGAAUAUAGAGUUAACGUUUUAUAGAAGCGACAUUAAUACUAAAAAAAAGGACAUUUUUGUAUUUAUUACGUUUAGACAAAAGUCGUAGAACAAAUGAUGUUACUCUCUAUGUACCUUAUGCGCCUUUGGAAGAUUAUGCGUUAGAUACCAGUAUACCUGUAUUCAUAAAAAUAUAAUUUAAAGAAAAUGGGAAUCAUACAACAUAGCAAUAAAAAAAUAUAUUCCUCAAUUAUAUGUAAAUAGAUGCUUCGAGACUGAACUUAAGUACUGAGUAUAUGAAACUGAAUUACUAAACAUAGAUGAGAGAAAACGUUUACUAACAUUUUGUUAAUCGAUACGUAGAAUAUAGAGGACGCGAUAAAAAAUUCAGAUCCACGUAUAAUUUUUGUACAAUCAGUGUAAAUGAAAGUUAUGAAUUCAAAUAUAUAUUAGGUACAUUUAGUGUGUGAGCCAAAAUCGUUCCGUAAACAAUGUGAGAAAGAGAGGGAAGGUGCGGGACGCAGGUUUACUAAACACGGCCAUUGACGCCGAAAACCUUGUGCUUUAUGGUAAUACUAACGAAAAUGAACCAAACUGUUUUGGGGGCAAAUUCACUAAAAAAUAAAUAUGCUUUGUUUAUUACUGGACUUUUAGGUUAUUUGUAACCUUGAGCCAACAACUCGUAUUUAUCCAGUACGUUCACAGGCACUAUUUCACGUCAAAUUUUAAAUUAUAUGUUUAAAAUAUUAGUAUUUUUCUGAAAUUGAAAUAUUAGUAAUAUAAUACUAGCAUUUCGGAACGACCACUGCUGAGAAGAAAUGCCGAAAGAAACUCAUUCAAACAGUGUUGGUCCCUAUUAUGCCAGAAGGGCUUACCAUUUUAUAAAUAUAAAUUUAUGUAUAUUUUUUAUCAGUAAUAUAACAAUGUAAGUACACAAUAAAGUACAUGGUCAAAAGGUAUACUUAAACAUAUUACGAUUGUGAUCAAGUGCGGAACGACCACUGCUGAGAAGAAACAUUUAAACAGUGUUGGUCCCUCUCGUGCCAGAGGGGUUGCCAUUAUUAUAUUUCUUUUCUAGUAACAUAAGGUAGAUAGAGUACUCUGGUAAAAUAUACAUAUAUAAAGACGAUUAACCAAAUAAAAUAAAUGAGAAUCGAUUCGACCACUUCUCUGGCAAUUGCACGAGUUGACGUAUGGCUCAGCCAUCGCGAACCUCAAUCAUAAUAGAGGAAAAACUCACGACUAUCCAUCAAAAGCUAAAUACACAUUUUUAUAUAAAAAAAUGUCUUAAAAACAGAAAUUGCUCUUAAAAUAGUUUCAUUUAAUUUUGUUAGCCGUAUAUAAUAUUGUUAUGAUAUAUAAUAGUAAUAUAUUUUUUGCCACUAUAUAUAAUCCAUGUAUAGCGGGCACCGUGCAUAGCUUUUCAUGUUUAACCAAUCAGUAUAUUACUGUUAAAUAUUAUAUUUAAGUCGUACAAAGCCAGAAAAUCGGAAGAGACGCUGUUAAAAAAAUGUGUAAAUUACUUUAAAAAAAAUUAAAAAUGUCGUUUCCGAUUUUUGUUGGUUUUGGUAAUGUAUAUUAAUGGUGAGAUUUUAAUAUUAGUUUUAAUUUUGUUUUUUACGGGCUGGCUUAGAUUCUUAUGGUAUUUUUCUAUUUCUGGCCAGUCUCGAGUGGAAGCAUGGUGGGCCCGUCACACCACGGUAUCAUCUUUAUGUGCCUAUAAAAAAAGAAAACAAUAUUACGGUUAUGACUUGACUAUUAAAAAAUAUAUAUUUUAUUUUAAAAAGGUACAAUUACAGAACUUAAUUUAAGUUCUGUAAUACUAAUUUAAAUGAAUCUGCACAUCUGUGAAUCUGUGUUAAUUCUGAAAUUCUAAUAACGAUUGUACACAACACAUUCGGUAAUCGUGCAUAUAGGCAGAUUGCAUCUAAAUGCAUUGUGGUGUUGCUGCCGUCAUAUUGUAAAAAUAGUGUAAUAGUAGUGUUACGACCAUAAAAAAGACGAAAAACCGUGGUAUUCCGGGUCCUCUAUAAAGGUCACUGGUUUUAAUUUUAGUUCCAAUCCAAACCAGUAGUCAGUUAGUCCGACUAAACGAUAUAUAAACACAUAAACCGAGAAAUAUUAACUAUUUUUAUACUUUCUACUCUAUAAACUAUGUGUGGAAUCUGAUAUAUAUUUUAGUCGACUAAAUCACUCCUAUAUGUAAGAUAUUUUUUACUAAAACAUGUUCUAGCCUUAUUUAUAUGACAAAUAGUAAAUAAUAAUGAAAUGAAUGAAGACUUGUGAUUGUAAAGAACAAAUGAUUUAAUUUUUAAAAAUAGGGUCGCGUUUAUUUUCUUCACUUGAUUAGUAAAAUGAACGCAUUUGUUUAAAAAAAAAUAGUUCGAAUGAGAUAGAUUACCUUGCGUGAAAUGAUUAUCGGUAAUCAAUAAAAAAAAACUGAAUAGAAAAAGAUUAAGAUACUUCGUCGCGUAAUUAGGAAUUUAAUUUUAACUAAAUAUAAGUAUUUGUUAUAAAAACAAAAACUGUUAAUUUCUUUAUAGGAUAUAGUACUGUAAAAUAAAAACAAUAGAUCAAUUUGAUACCGUCUCACAAUUAAAAAAAUAAUCAAAACACCAGCGCGCAUGAGAUGAUACUUGUCAAUUUUGACAUUUGACUACAACCAAUCAUAAGAGAGUCCACAUUUAGUCCUAAUUUUUGAUUGGCUUGCCAACUGUCAAAAUUGACAGGUGCAAUUGACGGUUAUUAUUUAAGUUUGCAUUACGUGGGAACAUCUACAGGUUACCGCACCUAACCUCAAAAACGGUAAUUCGAGAUCAUUACGAGCCGUUUAUAAAAUCUCCAUUGCCGUGUUUUUAUUACCUGUAAUAUAUAUUAAUGCUGUAAGAAAUUCGGCCACGUUUCUUAAUGAAAAAGUAUGUGAUAUAAUAAAAAAAAAUGGACUCUGUGCUUGAAACGGUUGUAUUCAAGACAAUGUUGUAUAUAUGUAUACGUUACGAUUGAGCGCUAACUUUUCUUUUUAUUAUAACCCUAUUUAUGUACCGCAUAUUCAUUGUUAAAGUUAUAAGAUGUAUAGAAAUUGCAGUUAAUUUUUUUUGCGUCUAUACAGAGUAAAAAUCGGAUUUUUAACCAACUAAAUUUAUUUGCCAUUGCAAUACCCCAUCCAAUGGUAUGUUGGUUGAUAAACGCUCAGUGUUGCCAGCCAAGAGAACUCAGCUAAUUUGUUUUUUAUUCUUAAGCCCUGAAGUGAAAUAAGUUAAAGCCUACUUUAAGGUAAAGUAUGUUUUGUCUCUUUCUGUCAAUUUCAAAUAUUAUAAAGGGCGAUAGUGAUGAAAUAUGUUUUAACAUAAAAUAUGCUUUAUCUUUCUUUUAUAAAUAACGGGAUAAGACUGUGAGUCAAAGUUAUUAUAUGAAGUUUUUCGAUUUUCUAGUAUGAAUUGUGUUGAAAUAUUAAUAUGUUAGCCGAAUCAAUGAAUGUGUAGGUCACGGUGCGUAUAGUACUUUUAAAUUGUUAUGACAUAUUGAAAUAUCAGUAAUUCGCAAUGUCAGUCAAUAAAUUACAAAACGAAUGAGAAUUUCAUUUUAUUUUCCCCCAAUUUGCAAGUCAUUAAACUUGGUUAGUAACAAAGAUAUUAAAACUAAAGACAGCGAUCAAAAUGAGAUAGGAAAUUUUCAUACAUGUUCCAGCUUAUAUCAUACAAUACUGCAAGAUUAGCGUUGUAAAGCCGAGCACGCGAUGAAUGACAAAAGAUAUUACCGCUGUCCUGUUCCUUCUCGUGUAUUUCUGAGCGAGACGAAAGACAUGACGUAGUUUAUAGUUGUCUUUGUCUACGAUUAGGAAUAUAACUUUAAUUUUAAAUCAAUGUAAUGUUCUUAUACCUGUGCUUAUCACACACAGUAUCUUUUCUCCAAAACCUGCUCCAUUUUACUGUUAAUAUUUAAAAACAGAAAAUACACAUUACUUGCCAAGUGAUACUAUAUGAAAGCACUUCGGCUCAAGGCAAAAUGGACAUCAUUCUAAUUGGAUUAAAAAUCGCUUUCCAAAAGCGAGUAAUAAUAAUGAAAUGUCAAAUUUUAGCUCCAAUAUACUUUAGCUUAUAUGUUGUCCAUAAUAAAAUGUACCUAUACUAAAUAUCAAUCUUUAUCAAAAUCAUAUAGGCAUUGCAUAUAGGUAGAAGAAUCAACUUGCACGGACUUGUCAUCGAUUUAAAAUAAAUUUGUUUCGUUUGAAGAGACAAAAAAAUUUUCUUCUUUCUACAAGACUUCGUGAAAUAAAUCAAUUCAUGCAAAAUAUAUGUACCGAACCGUAGAAUUUUUUGUUUGUCUUUCCUUGAUUAUUAUAAUUUUUUUAGUAAAAAUUUAAAAAUAAACCGUAAUGUUCACGUAUUGAUACCGAUUAUAUAGCUCUUGUUCCACAUUUUUGGAUAUUGACGGUUUUCUAAUAACUUUCUUAAUUUGAAAUUGUGCUAUAUAAUUUAUUUUUUUCACAAUUCUGUUGGAGUCCAUCAAUGUAUCUAAAUAAAUAAAAGUAGGUAGAAUAUUGUAAAUAAAUUCAUAAUUACCAUUAAUUGGUUUUAUGUGAUAUAGAUCAGCAACCACUGCAUACUGCAAAACGAAAAAAUAGGGUUUUUUUUUUAUUUCAUGGCUCCAUCGUUCGCCAAAACGUUGAUAUUGCCAACGUCAAGGUUGAGAUUGACACGGAAUAUAACAAUUUAAAAAAUCCGCAUGACAUUAAACUUACAGGUGCAUGUCAUACAAUCAUAAAUACUACCAUUUAAUGCGCCUGAAAAGACCCGGCCCCAUUGCUCCGUCGUCCCAAUGACUAAAUUACUGAUGAUCCGGGCGUUAACGCAACAAGGAUGUCGGAGUAGUGGGGCCGAGACCUAACAAUAUUUUAUUGACGUAGAUAUUAUUACGAGUUUACCUAGGUACCUACCAUUAAAAAAUGAUAUGAACAGCUUGGCAAUAUUAUUAAAAAAAUGCACUUGUCCAGCUGGUAAAUUUUUGCAAUAAAUCGUCUACACAAAGUGGCAUUUUUCCAUGGAAUUAGUACUUAGGUACUCCGGAAGUACUUACUAAAUCCAUGCAUUUUUCAUACAAUGUACCUAUUUAGCUAACAUAAAGGCCGGUGCACAUAGACUACGAAAUCCGCAUGCGCCUUUUAUGUAUGAAAUUGUAAGGCACUUGACUACGCCGCCAUCCAUUAUUCCAUACAAAAGCGAUGUGCAUCAACCUUGUGCCGGCUAUACAUUACCGACGAGAAUGAAUGAACAUUGCGUAGCUUGUAUGAGGGUUUUAUUUACCGCAAUGUAUGCCGAAUUAGACUGGUGAUAGUGUAUAGCCGGCAUUAACACAAUAUGUUGCUCUAUACGUUUUCCAAAGAUGGUAUGUUUAUUUUCUUACAAAAACAGGGGAGUGCCCGAAUGAUUUUGUAAAUAUAGUUUUAAUUGAAAUAAAGCAUUCUUUCUGAAAA